GCACUCUCAAAAGUGAUGUUAUGCCGCAUACUGCGCUAUACUGCUGUAUUUGGAAAGCUACCUACUACAUCAAAGUAUAGAAAUCUGUCUGAUUGAUAGAUGUAGGACAGAACUACAAAAGAGGGCCAUCACGGCAGCGAGGGAUUCCCUCAGGUAGGGGUAAAUAAAACCAAAUGGAGUAAAUUUUAUGUUAUAAUGAAAUGAAAUCUGCGAUAUUGAUACUUCAGUAUAGUGUUGAAGUUAUAUCCACUGCCGGAUUUAAGGAAGGGCAAAAAGCCCCGGGGCCUCCACAAACGGGGGGCCACAACAAUAGAGACUUCGGAAAAAAAAUCCAAAUCAUCAACGAUUUUUCGGCGAAAAAAGCUCGAAAGGUACCGUUCGUUAACUCUAAAAUUUAAUUUCAGAUAAUUCUUGUUUCCGUUUAUAUUUAUAUGUGUUUGUUCAAUACUAAGGGAAUCUACUUGGUUCACAAUAAAUUAUUUAUAGAAAAACUCGACUGAAAAAAAAAUGUUUACUUUAUUUGGAAAAUAAUUUGGGGUGAGGGGGCCUCCGCUCCUUUGUUGCCCCGAGGCCUCUGGACCUCUUAAUCCGGCCCAGGUUAUAUCCAUCGUCUCCUUGACAAAAUAUUGGCUAGUAUUACAACUUAUCUUAUGUUUACAGUAUUUUCUUUAUAUUAAAAUAUCAAUCUCUAGAGUGAUCAUCUUCUGUCUACAUUGUAGUAACAGAUUUGUAGUAGGUACAAAUAAGCUUUGUGCUUUUGUGACGUGAGCUGUCAAUUGUGAAAGAAGGCGGAAUACCAAACCUAAUUUAUAUAAUGACAAUUAUUUGCAUUACUUUUUUCUGUGAUUUUUCCUAUAUUUUAAUAGUUCUUCUGCUAUUCGGGGCGGAGAGGAUUCCAAAAAAUCAUAAUUUUCAAAAAAAAAGGUCCAACCAUUCUUGAGUUGUAAGUGUUCCUAAAUUUAAUUAAGCUAGAUAGUAAAGAUAGUCACAUUUAUCGACUUUUAUAAAGGCGGUACGCAGUUCGCCGGGUCAGCUAGUGAUAAUAUAAUUGCAAAGUAUGUACUUAAUCACCACAUAACUAAGCAUUUGUAUUUUUCUAUAUUCGAAAUGUAAAAUAAAUAAAUGAAAACGAUCGCCGCACAUAGGAUCGCUGAGCUUUAGACAUUUAUAUUUUUCAUUUGAUUCAAUCCUUUUGACCAGUUUGCAAUAUCGGUCAAAAUACCAAAAUAAUAUAUAUCUAGAUGAGACUCGCAUUUAAUAGCAUUACUUUAUUUUUUCGAUAAAAAUGUGUCAAAACGGUCAUCAUCAUAACGUCAUAGCAAAAUAUAGCCCCAGUUUUUCGGUGUCAGCAUAUCUAACGAUUUAAAUCCUUGGGGGCGUGUCGCAAAAAAUAAAGAAACAAUUAUGUGGAUUGACUGUAUGGACUAACUUACCUUUGCCUUUCUAUUGAGAAAAUUUCGAUGUUGACAUUUUUCUUUGAAAAUGACAUUGACGUUAUCUUUAUCAACACAACAACAGCACGGUAACUACUCGUGGGUUUAAUAAUUUAUUUUAGAAUAAUAUUGUGCGAUCAAAAAAUUUAAAACGUUGUACGAUAUAGUAAAAUGGAUUUCAUAAUAGACGCAGCAGGGGACCAUAACCUCCAUGAAAAGACUGAGUUGUUAGAUGAAGAAGAAAAACCAUAUUUUAUAGAUAAAGAAAUCCGAACAGAAGCAAUUCUCAAAAUAUUUGAGAAAAAGAAACAAGAGCUUGACAUGCAAAUUGCUGCGGAAGAAGAGUUGGAGAACAAACUAAAAGGGCUCAAAGUUGAUAGCCUCUUUGAUGAAUUCUUUGAAGAAAUGAAAUGGAACCACGCUGUGGCUAUAAAACAGGAAAAGAAACCGCUGUUCCAUUUCGAACAAUUAGAUGUUGAAACAGGGAAACUCAAAUCUAAAAUUGGUUCAGUUGAUGUGGAAAAAGAGAUGCAGAAAUCUGUUCUGAAACCUGGUAUAGAACAAGAGUACAGUCUGCCGGCCUACACUAUCAGCCAGAGGAAGUUAAAAGCAAUGAAGAAGAAAGAGCGAGAGAAGACGAAAGGACCUAGCUGGUUUAACUUACCAGCCCCUGAAAUAACUGAUGAAUUGAAGAAUGAUUUGGAAAUUCUGAAAAUGAGAUCAGUGCUUGAUCCAAAACACUUUUAUAAGAAAAAUGAUAUGGAAGUUCUUCCUAAAUACUUCCAGGUUGGACGAAUAAUGGAUUCUCCACUGGACCAUGUGAAUGAAAGAUUAAGUAAAAAAGAGAGGAAGAGAACCAUGGUUGAUGAGUUGUUAGCUGAUGCAGAGUUCCAAAAGUAUAAUAAAAGAAAGUAUAAAGAGAUAAUAGAUGAAAAAAGAAAAAUGGAAUACAGAACUUUCAUGAAAGACAAGAGACAGAAGAACAAAGCAGAACAAAAGAAAAACAAAUUAAAAGGGAACAAAAAGGCCAAAAGAAGCCAAUAAACUUCUUUAAGUUGCUUUCUUGUUGAUUUUAUUUCAACUGUUUUACAUUGUAAGUUAUAAAAUUAAACACUUAAAUAUAAUGUAUGUAUAUAUAUUUCGAAAUCUGCACCAAUCACCACACCAAUGAGGUUAUAAAAUAUUAAAAUAUAUAUAAUGUUUCCCUUUUGCACACUUAAAAAUAUUUCAACUAUACAAUAUAGCACUAUCAACUGUUUAUAAAAUAUCACAGAGUAGAAAGAGGCAUCAUGGUAGUGGAACUGAUAAUAUGACUAGAUUUUCUUUUUCAAAAUCCUCCACUGACAUCUAUGGCUGCUCCUGUGAUGAAUGAGCUUUUAUCAGAGCCCAAGAAUGUAAUAAGUUCAGCAACCUC